AUGGUUAGAAGAUAUGUUGACAAACUUGAGUUUACUCUAAAAAGGUUAACAGUAAUUCCACAUAAGCGUAAUACUCCUGAAACUAUAUUGGCAAGAGAAAACUAUAUUAGAAAAAUUUAUGAAAAAAGUAUUGAUAUACAUGAUAAUAUAAUUUAUAUUGAUGAAACAGGAUUCAAUUUGCAUUUAUCUUCUUCACGUGGCCAUGCACUAUGUGGACAACCUGCUAUCAAAGUAGUAGAAACACAAAGAGAAAAGAAUAUUACAGUUAUCACAGCAAUUACAAAAGAUAGUGUUUUAAAAUAUAGUUCAAAUCUGGGAUCUACAAAUGCUGAUAUUUUUUCAAAAUUCAUUGAAGAUCUAAUUGCUUUAAUUUCUAAAAUAAUAAAAAAUUUCUAG